AUGGAAAAGAAGAAGCAUAGAAAUUAAGAAAAGAAAAAUCGAAUAAAUCCAGAGACCAAAAGCCAAAAGAGGGGGAAGAAGAACAGUGAAGAGUGGACUUGACAGUCAUCCAUUAUUGUUACUUCCACUCCACUGGGUUUAAACAAAUGUCUAUAAAUUGUUUCAGAAGCAUAACAUUACCAACCCCGAUUCAUCUUCUCUCUUCAAUUCCCAAUUUCACUCAUAAACCCUUUCUUUCUUUUCUCAAUAAAACCUCUUCUUCUUCUUCUUCUUCUUCUUCUUCUUCCUUUGUUCUGGCAAGAUUAGUGUCUUCAAUGUCUUACGACAAGGAGCUAGCUGCUGCCAAGAAGGCUGCCUCGCUUGCUGCUCGUCUCUGCCAGAAGGUGCAGAGCGCGUUGCUGCAAUCUGAUGUGCAGACAAAAUCAGAUAGAAGUCCUGUAACAGUGGCUGAUUAUGGCUCACAAGCGCUGGUUAGCUUUGUUUUGGAGAGAGAACUCCAAUCUGAACCAUUCUCACUAGUGGCUGAGGAGGAUUCUGGUGAUCUUCGUAAGGAUGGUACUCAAGAAGUUCUAGAACGCAUUACAAAGGCUGUGAAUGAUGCUUUGGCUAGUGAUGGAUCAUACAGCACUACUUUAUCCAAGGAAGACGUGCUGAGGGCCAUCGACAAUGGCAAAUCUGAAGGUGGUUCCCAUGGCCGACAUUGGGUUUUGGACCCUAUAGAUGGUACAAAAGGGUUUCUAAGAGGAGAUCAAUAUGCGGUAGCGUUGGCCUUGCUUGAUGAAGGAAAAGUCGUGUUGGGUGUCCUGGCUUGUCCUAAUCUUCCUUUAGCACCAAUUGGUGUUAAUUAUCAGCAUUCUGCAUGUGAUGAGGUUGGUUGCCUUUUCUUUGCGGAAGUUGGUUCAGGAACUUAUAUGCAGUUGCUUAGUGGCUCCUCACCAGUGAAGGUGCAAGUCAGUGCUAUUGAAAAUUCUGAAGAAGCAUCUUUCUUUGAGUCAUAUGAAAAAGCACAUUCCAUGCAUGACUUAUCUAGCUCCAUUGCAAAAAAGCUUGGGGUUAAAGCAGCGCCUGUUAGGAUUGAUAGCCAGGCAAAGUAUGGGGCUUUGUCUAGAGGAGAUGGAACCAUAUACUUGCGCUUCCCUCAUAAAGGUUAUCGUGAGAAAAUAUGGGAUCAUGCUGCCGGGUCAAUCGUAGUGACUGAAGCUGGGGGUGUUGUCACAGAUGCAGCUGGGAAUCCUUUGGAUUUUUCGAAAGGAAAGUUUCUCGAUCUUGAGGUUGGUAUAAUUGUUACGAAUCAGAAGUUAAUGCCAUCACUCUUGAGGGCAGUCAGGGAAUCUAUAGAGGAGAAAGCUUCAUCUUUGUGAAUUUUUGAGAGGAAAGUUUCUUGAUAUUGAGGUUGGCAUCAUUUUUGACCAAUCAGAAGCUAAUGCCGGCACUCGUGAAGGCACUCAGGGAUCUAUCGAGGGGAAAGCUUCAUCUUUGUGAUUCUUUUCGUGGAUUCAUGAUAUCACAAUUUUCUUUUUUGAGUUGAUUAUUGCUUGAAAGAAUAAUUUUCACCUUCAGAUGUAAUGUGCGAGCACCUUUUAUCAUGUAGCAUUUCUUUGUUGGAUCUUCUCUGGUAAGGACAAAAUUUUCCAAAUAAGGAAAUCCACCAGUUUUAUAAUUCAA